CGGUGAGACAGAGUCAGGGGAGACGUUGUGGGUGUCCGGAAGAAGGACUGUCAGUAUGGCGGAUAGAUGUUUUUGCUUGAUGAUUUUUCAUUGUUUUGGUGUGAAAGCGAAAACAUUUAAUGAACAAACACGUUCAAACCUCCGCGCUGCACUGAACGGCACCUGCGGACUCUAACGGCCGUUUGUCACGCUGCGCGGCUCGGAGCCGGAGCGGCCGUUACCCCGCUGUCUGCCUCCGUGCGCGUCGUGACUUGUGACCCAGUUUGGUCUCGUUUUCCUAGACUGACCUGAGUGAGAUGAAGCAUCAGGAGCCUGAACACGGACCAAAGAGGGUCACAUCCUAAUUGAGUCUAAGAAGAAAUAAAUUAGCCUAAAAACCACAUACCAAAAACUAACAAUGGGUGAAGUGACUGUUGAAGUCGAUGACGAGGGGAUGAAACAGGAGCCACUCCCACAGCCACUGCUGAUAAUCCUAUCCCCACCUCCACCUUUCUUACCUGUCCAUGGUGAACCAACCAUGCCUUGGCAUAAGUGGGUUAAAUCUUUUGAACACUACGUUGAAGCUCUCGGUGAAAGCGAGCUCACUGACUCCAGUAGGUGUGUGCUCCUAGAGCACUGCCUUGGCCCAGAGGGCCAGCGUAUCUUCACAACACUGAUCCAGAGUGAAACCACGUACGCUGCAGCCAUAUCAGCACUGACUGUUUACUUCAGCUCUCAUCACACUUCUCAGAUGUACCGCCUAAAAUUUCAUCAGAGGACUCAGAUGCCUGGAGAGACCGUGGAUCAGUUUGUGUCUGCCUUAGAAGAACUGCUGAGGCCUUGCAACUAUGAAGACUUACAAGACCAGCUGAUCCUGGAUCAGCUGAUUGAGAAAACAAACUGCCUGCAGCUCAAAGAGAGGCUGCUGUUUGAAAGGGAAACUCUGACCUUGGACAAGGCGUUGGUUAUUGGUAGAGAGGUUGAAUGUGCUUCUAAUGAAUCUGAACUGUUUAGUAUUCACGAAGUCAGUGUGGACAUUGGAGAUGAUUUAGACCCUCCUGUUCAAAAAAAGGCCAAAAGAGGACGACCUCGGCGUGGAGAGAGGAGGACGAAAAUCAAAACAAAACCACAGACGGCUAAAUCAGCACGAAGAUCCCAUUACAAGGAUAAUUACUAUUAUGCCAAUGACAAGCUAUAUUAUAGUGAUGAUGAUGAAGACAAGUCUAGGAAUGCAAGUGAUGAUAUUGGGGCCUUGUCCUCAUCGCCACAGAGGAUUAAAGAGGAAGAUAAAGCUAGUGAUGAUAAAGAUGAAGACUCUUCGACUAAACUAAAAGGCCCCCACUGUCCUAUCUGUAUCGACCGGUACUUCAAAGAUGCAAACAAGCUCACCAGACACAUGAGGAUGCACACGAAGGAGAAACCGUUCAGCUGCCCCAUCUGUGCCGUGACCUUCAGCCAGUCCUAUCACAUGACCCGACACCUCAGGAACCAGCACAGCGCAGGACCUCACGUCUGCACCAUAUGUGUGACAAGUUUCCAGAGCACUGAAGAGCUACAAAGUCACAAGAAGACGCACGCGUCGCAAGUUCUGUCACGAAUCGACUGCCACGAAAAAUCCACAGACAAUGGGGCGUUUUAUAGUCAUGACCGGUCUGCCCUGACAGAGGGACAGAGUUCCCAGCAGUGUGAUGAAGUGAAAAACCAAGAAAUAAUUCAGUCACGUAACAAGGAUAGUCACGAGAGUGAUGAUUGCAAUGCUGAGAAUGAUGAAGACUCCGGUUCUAGUGAUUCUCAGGAUAAAGGAUCUGUAGUUAGUGUUAAGACAGAGGGUAAGGAUGCUGAUGGAGCUGCAUCUCAGGAUGGAGGCAGUCAGAAAGAAAAGGUUGCCUCUAAGACUAAAACAAAAGGCCAUUUCUGUCCCAUCUGUGUUGACAGGCGCUUCAGAGGGCCAAACAAACUCGCCAGACACAUGAGGACACACACAAAGGAGAAACCGUUCAGCUGCCCAGUCUGUUCUUUGACUUUCAGCCAGUCCUACCACAUGACCCGGCACCUGAGGAACCAACAUGGCCUGGGUCAGUAUAUCUGUUCUAAGUGUGGGAAAAGUUUAAGUACCUGGCUGGAACUGAAAGCACACAAGAGGACUCACACAGUUGAAGGCCUGACAUGUCUUGCAUGUGAAAAACAGUUCAAGGAGAAGGCUGCACUUGUGAGUCAUCUUAAACUACAUAAGAAGAUUCAGGCCAGCCCUCGAAGCCUCGUCUGCGGCGAUUGCGGCAAAGUAUUUGGUCGAAUGUAUCAUUUGAAAAGACACAUAGUGACCCAUCGCAAAGCAUCAAACGGCGAGUGUUACACGUGCCCUGAUUGUCAGAAGCAUUUCGCAUUUCCGGAAGACCUCAACAAACACCUGGAGAUUCAUGUGAAAGAAAACAGUGGCACUUGUCCGAAAUGUAAUGAAAAAUUCAAUAGUCCGGAAGAACUGGAGACGCACAUGGGGGUUCAUGAAAAGUCUUACACCUGCAAAACCUGCGGGAAGAAGUUUAAGGUGGAGUACGCAUUGAAGAAGCACGAGCAAGGCCACCAAAAUGAACAGUAUUAUUGUUCAUUGUGUCGCAAACGCUUCAUCAAGCUGUCUCACUACAAGAGGCACGUAAUGGUCCAUGGAAGACGGGAAUCCAGAUGUCCACACUGUGACAGCGUCUUUCUACAGUUAACAGCUUUGAAGUAUCACCUGCGGACUCAUACAGAAGAAAGACCGCACCAAUGCACCUGUUGUAUCGAGACCUUUGAGGAGAAGGAAGAUCUAGAGCAGCACUGUCUCAAACACAGGAAAUUCAAGAAGGAGAGGCCGUACUCGUGCACUCGAUGUGACAGCGCUUUCUCUACGCUAGUUGAGCUGACCGAACACAUGAGCUCACAUGAGGGAGAACAGCCAUUGAACUGCCCCGUCUGCGGCAGGACUUUCCUGAACAAGAACAAGCUGGAGAAGCACCUGAGCAUCCACACAGGCGAGAGACCUCACCUCUGCUCCGUCUGCGGCAACGGCUUCCCCUCGGCAGCCAGCCUCAAGUUACACAUCCACAUCCACACCGGAGAGAAACCCUUCCAGUGUUCGCAGUGCAGCAAGAGCUUCAGGUCGUCCAGCGGGCUGCGGCUGCACAGCAGGCAGCACAUGGAGGUGCGUCCCAGCUACAAGUGUCCAGAGUGCGGCAGAACUUACGGUCGCAUGACGGAGCUGAAGAUGCACCAGCGUUAUCACACGGGGGACAAACCGUACGCAUGCACCUGCUGCAACAAACGCUUUGUUAGCAAAGACAAACUGAAUGUUCACAUGAGGAUACACACAGGAGAGAGGCCAUACUCCUGCACCCACUGUGGACAGACAUUCACACAAACCGGGGACAGAAACAGACACAUCAGUAAAUACCACUGUUAGAUACUGUCGUAACAGAACUCCAGUGAAGCUUUGGUUGUUGCUUUUGAAUGAUCUUACCAGUGGCUUUGCAUGUUUGUAGGGGCAGGUAGCAUUAAGAAGCAAGUCAGAUGCAUUAUUUGAGAAAGAAUAAGAAACCAAGAUAUGCUGAAAGCAGAUUAAAGCUGCCAUGAACACUAAAUUGUCAAUUUAUGAUGUUAUGUGAUUGUGUUUUGGAACACCAUCAUAGAGUAAGCACUUAAAAUGAUCAAUCAGUGUUGAUCACUGUUCUAUCACCAACUCUUUAACACAAGCUUUACAAGGACUAUUUAUUGCUAGGCCCUUAUUUAUUAACCAUUACCACAGUUUCUACUUUUCAAUGCCUUACUUUAAAGGAGCAGUGUGUAACCGAAUAGUUGCAGAUUGCCCCACAUCCACAGAUUGUGGAUUGUACUUUUAAGGUCUGAUAUCAAAGACUCCACACCCAUUAGUCAAACUGUAACACCAGGAAAGGUUCAUAUUAGGAUUUUCAUGACUUCAUGUUUGCUGGGUUUGACUUCAGCUAAUGAAUGCAGUGCUCUUUUGUGGCGUUUAACUUACUUGGUAAUGGGCUGAAACAUGCAAAACCACUGAUAUCUCUGUGUCGUGUAAGUCUUCACUGUUGUCAUCUAAACAGUAUUUCACUGUUGUGCUGGUUGCAAGAUUUCUGCCUGGACUUUCUUCAAUAUCACGUUACCACGUAAUACAAAGUCUCUUCUGCAUGAGGGUUUUAUACACUACGUUCUUACCUGUCUUACCAACCAAUAACUAGUGACCGGCAUGCGAACGGUUCUUUCAGAUCCAGAGUUUUUGCUCCAUUAUUUGCAUUGUAGAUGGUUAAACAGGAUAUAAUCAGUCAAAUGACACUAAAAACUAUCAUAUUUCAGUAAUUUUGCUGUCCUCCCACUUCAAUAUGUGUUGUCAUAAUAUUAUGUUUGCUUUGUUUUACUUUUUGCAAUUGUUUAGGCUUCUUUGUAACCAAUCAUUUUGUAACUGUUUAGAAAAGUGCCAUAAAAAUAAAUCGAUUAUUCACUCUGCUAA